AUAGCGCCAGGCCUGGCCCACUUGCAUACCCCGCGAUGCAGAAACGGCAAGACCAUAUUAAGUCUUAAAUCCCUGCUAAAAUGGCGGCAGGCCACUCUGCGCUGCUGCUAGAUGGCGCUGUACGCGACUGGGUCUUUAUUCCGCUUACGUUAGCCAUUGUGCUUAUGAAGCUAUUGACGCAAUAUAUGCACCAGCUGUUCAAUGCGCCACCGCCGAACAACAAGGACCUGAAGGAGAUUCGGGAGAUGCAAGCUCUCACGCGUGCGGGUCGGUUGCGCGGGUUCGGGCGCUUCAUCCCUGAGACCUCCUUCAAGAUGCGCAAGGAGUACUUUGCCGGGGAGAAGGGCCUGUUCUCGCAGAAGGCGGUGACGCGCUCUCCCCAGGAGGCCAUGGCCACCGACCCCAGCGUCAUGGUGGACAUGAUGAAGAAAAACCUCACGGGCAUGGUGCCGCAGCUGGGCAUGGGCAUGGUGGUCAACUUCUUCUUCCAGGGCUUUGUGAUCGGCAAGGUGCCAUUCCCGCUGUCGCCGCGCUUCAAGCCCAUGCUGCAGCGUGGCAUCGACCUGGCCAGCCUGGACGUGUCGUACUUCACCUCGCUGUCGUACUACAUCCUGCUGCUGUUCGGACUGCGCGGCGCCUUCAGCCUGGUGUUCAGGGAGGAGAUGGUGGACGAGACGGCCAUGAUGCAGCGGCAGAUGAACCCCAUGGCCGCCAACCCCAUGGGAGUGGACAUGGACGCAGCCUUCAAGGCCGAGAAGGCCGCGCUGGGGCAGGUUGAGCACGAGUGGGAGCUGGAGAGCGCGGAGGAGCGCGCGGUGGAGGUGCUGAGGCGCCAGCUCAAGGCCAAGAAGCUGUGAGCAGCUGCUGCAGCGGCGGGAGCAGGGAGAAGAAGAGGAGGAGGAGAUGGAAGAGGAGGAGGAGGAGGAGGAGGAGGAGGAGGAGGAGGAGGAGGAGGAGGAGGAGGAUCAGCUGCGAGCAGCUGAUGGAUUCGGCAGCUUGGGAUCCCAGGGAGACGACAGCUCGUGAAUGAGGAUUGGAGAAGGAGGGGUGGGAUGUGAUGAAGAGGAGGCUGUGGGAGUUGGGUUGAAGUCGUGCUGCCGCUGGGGAGCUUCUGCCGCUGGUGAGGCGACGAAUUUGAUGCCUGGGCGCAGGCGCACGGGCCGCCGUCUGGGCUCGGUUGACUGGCAGAUGAGGCAAAGCGUGACGGCGUUGUCCCGCACAAGACCGUGCGCACCACCAUGUAACCACACUGGCUG